UUAUAAUUUCCAUCUAACAGUCCAUGUUCGGCUAUAGCAGACUUGUCUAAUUGUCCUAGUCUAAAUUUACUUGUAACUUAUCCAAAUCAAAUAUGUUUUCAAAUACAAGUUGUUCAUCAAUUACAUUAAAUGCUUAAUAAAAUAUACCUUAAUAAGAUUUCAGUAAAUUGACGACCGACUCAUUCUCGCCUCCUGGUCUAUUCACCGAAAAUUUAUAAACUAUCCUCCUAUUUCUACAAAUCAAUAACAAAUUAAAUAUUGUCACAAUCCUUCCUAUUAAGCUACUCAGACGACAAAUGAACAGAAAUUUAAAUGAUCAAACUGUCUUACACAUUUAUUACAGUUAUCUUCCAUCAUAUGGAUACACUUGCGGAUAGAUGGCUCUGUCCCUUUUCGUUCACAUUGAAACACACUACACAAGCCACACUAUUUAAUUUAAAUUUUUAAAACAGGCACCGAGACUUCCAAUGGUGAAAUAAUAACUUAAUCUCAUUUUAUUGCAGUCCGCUUCUAUAAAUAAUGUAAGUGAGACUAGAGAAAAAGCAAAAGCUUCAAAGGCUGAUGAGGUGGAGAAAAAAGUAGAGCUUACACCUUUCAAUAAAUUGAUGCAAGCUUACAAUAACUCCCAUUUGGAAUUCCAUCGCAUGGUUACUGACAUGAUUGAUAAAAGUUACUUGGAAUUAAGCACGGACACCAAAAUGAGAUUCGAAGAAGCCCACAAAAAUGCUGCUGCUCUAGAAUUUUACAAAACUCUAAAGAAGGAAGUAGAAGAUAUAUAUGAAACGGCUUUGGCGACAAGAAAAAUUAAAGAAAAACUAGUAGUUGCUGACAUUGAUGAGGAUCAUAAGUGUUACGCAUCCAAAUUAGUUGACUUACAAGAAUUGAUUAAGAUAUCUGAGGGGAAACUGCUAACAAAGAAAGAAUACGACAAUGCAAUUAAAAAGUUGAGAGAUUCUAAUGAGGAACUCCGGCUGUCAAAUUUACAGUAUGAAUCUAAAAUUAAAGAACUUAAAAGCAAUAUUCGCAAAUAUGAAGAAAAUUUUGAAUUAGAGCAUAUUGAAAAUAAGAUUGCUGAUGAACAAGAAAGGGCUUCAGUCAUCUCACUUUCUAGACGAGCCGUAAGAAUCACUAUUAACCAAACUCAACAAAAAAUAAAUGAAGUAAUACAAACUAAAGGUAAAACAUCGUACAACAUUUCAAAAGCAAAAAGCCUAAACGAUAAAUUAGAUAGAAAGUAUUUUAAAAAACAUGAAUAUUUGAAAUCGGAAUUGCUUAUGAAACUCAACGUUUUAAAACAAAUGAAUUUAUCGAAUGAAUCGAACUUGACCCAAUUACAAACAGAACAUGAUUUAUUACUGUCGAAAGUCAAAAAAAGUAAAGAAGAUAUAAUAAAAAAACAAUGUCUAAUCAGUGAAAUUUCUAAGAUGAAUUUUAAAACGAAGAAAUAUAUUGAUUCUAACAUAAAAGAAAUGAGUAAUUUAUUGUCCCAAAUGCCUGAGCUAAAGCUAAUUAAUUCUGAUCACCAAACUGAGAUAAAAAAGUUGAAUACCAAGCUUUCCAAUUAUAACGCCACUAAUGAUAAAUUUAAAAGUGAGUUACUGACGGAAUUUGAAGCCUUAGCCAAAAACUGUACUGAUUCGUACGAGAUGAAACGUAAACAAUGUGAAGAAAUGCAAUCUAAUAAUGAAAAAAUUAAGCAAAUGUGUAAGAAGAAACAAGAUGAAAUAACAAAAUUAUCGCUCGAAUUAAAGGAGCUAAACAAGUCUAAAGAGAACGUCAUUAAGGAAGAGGAAGAGAUAAAGAAAGAAAUUGAAAUACUAGAGAAAAUUGUUGUUAAAGCCAGACAAAAUAGUAAGGGGAUAAAAAACCCCUUAUUUAAAGAAAAAGAAGAGAAUAGCGGUGAUAGUUUUUAAAUGAUUACUAUCCUUACAAUACUCACAAAAGUUGAUAGUGUCUGAAACACAGUUCAGUUCAGUCAUUUUAUACACUUUAGGUGGUGGUUAUACACCAUAUAUUCUUAUUUUUUUCAUUUUAUGACCUUUAUGUAAUAUUUUUAAAUUUAUUUCCAAUAUUUUCACUACAUUACAAAUACGUGGUGCUAACGUAUGAUGUGACAUCCUUCAUAAUUUAUGUAAGCUGAAAUAAGUUGAAUUACAAUGUCUUCAUUUACCUCAUACGUUGUCAUCGCACAAAGAACUAGGAAAUUUAUUGUGUUUAUUGUUUGUUCAUUUAUUCAUUAGGUUUUGUAUUUAAAUAAAAAUUUUUGUACCGGU